GCUGGUCCUCACUAUGGCCACUUGCUGGCAGGGCCUGUGGGCCUAUCGUUUCUACCUGUUUGUGCUCUUACUGCCCGUUGUCCUGCUGCCUCUUCCCAUCCUCGUCCCCACCAAGGAAGCCUACUGUGCCUAUGCCAUCAUCCUCAUGGCCCUCUACUGGUGCACUGAGGCUUUGCCUCUGGCCGUCACUGCCCUCUUUCCCAUCAUCCUGUUUCCCAUGAUGGGCAUCAUGGAUGCCUCUGAGGUCUGCAUCGAGUACCUGAAGGACACCAAUAUCCUGUUCAUUGGGGGGCUGCUGGUGGCCAUUGCUGUGGAGCACUGGAAUCUGCAUAAGCGCAUUGCUCUCCGUGUGCUCCUCAUCAUUGGAGUGCGGCCUGCGCUGCUGAUCCUGGGCUUCAUGCUGGUUACCGCCUUCCUGUCCAUGUGGAUCAGUAACACAGCCACCACAGCCAUGAUGGUGCCCAUUGCACACGCCGUCUUGGAGCAGCUGCACAAAAAUUCCAUCAGCAAGGACGUUGAGAAGGGCAGCGACAACCCCACCUUUGAGCUCCAGGAAUCGAGUCCCCAGAAGGAGGAGAGCAAGCUUGAUAACGGGCAGGUCCUCCCUGCCCUGCCUGCUACUUCCCGGCCACAGGCAAAUCUGAACCAGGAGCAGCUCCGCUUCACCCAGGGCAUGAGCCUGUGUGUGUGCUAUUCGGCCAGCAUCGGGGGCAUAGCCACGCUGACCGGCACCACGCCCAACUUGGUGCUGCAAGGCCAGAUGAACUCGCUCUUCCCCGAAAAUGCCAAUGUGGUCAACUUUGCCUCUUGGUUUGGCUUGGCAUUCCCUGCCAUGAUCAUCCUGCUGCUACUGGCCUGGCUGUGGCUGCAGAUCCUCUUCCUGGGAUUCAACUUCCGGAAGAACUUUGGCAUUGGGGGAGAGGCACGAGAGCAAGAGAAGGCAGCUUUCCACGUCAUCCAGACAGAGCACAAACUGCUGGGCCCCAUGACCUUUGCAGAAAAGGCUGUCACCAUUCUCUUUGUCACCCUGGUGCUGCUCUGGUUCACCCGAGAGCCAGGCUUUUUCCUUGGCUGGGGCAACCUGGCUUUUCCCAACGCUAAGGGGGAAAGCAUGUUGUCCGAUGGGACAGUGGCCAUCUUCAUCGGCAUAAUUUUGUUCAUCAUACCCUCCAAGUUCCCAGGGCUGACCCAGGACCCAGAAAAUCCAAGGAAACUGAAGGCCCCUCCUGCCCUCCUCAACUGGAAGACGGUGAACGAGAAGAUGCCCUGGAAUAUUGUGUUCUUGCUGGGUGGUGGCUUUGCACUGGCCAAGGGCAGUGAGCUCUCAGGCCUGUCAAAGUGGCUCGGGGACAAACUGACCCCACUGGAGAAAGUGCCUGCUCCUGCCAUUGCCUUCAUCAUUUGCCUCCUGGUUGCCACCUUCACUGAGUGCACCAGCAAUGUGGCCACCACCACACUCUUCCUGCCCAUCCUGGCCUCCAUGGCUCGGGCCAUCUGCCUCCACCCACUCUAUGUCAUGCUGCCCUGCACUUUGGCUUCCUCUCUGGCCUUCAUGCUGCCAGUGGCCACCCCACCCAAUGCCAUUGUCUUCUCCUUCGGGGGCCUCAAAGUGUCGGAUAUGGCCCGAGCAGGAUUCCUCCUCAACAUCAUUGGGGUGCUGGUCAUCACACUGGCCAUCAACAGCUGGAGCUUCCCCAUCUUCAACUUGUACACCUUCCCCUCUUGGGCCCACGUCGACAACACCACAGCCUCCUGCCAGUCCAACGUUGCCCCCAACUUCACAACACCACAACCCUAGUCCCUAGACUGAGGUACAGCCUAGCCAAACCCAGAAAGACUCACUCUUAUUUCCCCU